AUGGCCACCACGGCAAAACAAACUGCCACCUCGGUGACCUCGGUGACAUUGCUCGAGGAACAACCGACUCCGACGCCCCUAGAAACCCUGUUGGUAGAGAAUCGGAAGCGAAGCAGAGCGCAAUUCGAAGCCGGCGCAUCGACGGAUGACUUCGAUGGGGGUGCAAGCAAGAACGGCCUCGCAGCUCGAAUCUACUCAGAAUACUCCUCCUUUGCUCCAGCGCCCAUUCCAGAACCCAAAGCCAAGUCCAAAGCAUCGCAGAAUGGCUCCUCGACCGCCCUGGUGCGAACAAAUGGGAAGGCGAAGACGGCAACUGCGACAUCACAAAAUGGCUCCUCAUCCACGAGUCUAAUACACAGACCUUUACCGCAAAAGAACCUUCCGGGCUCGAGCAUGGUCCGCAAACAGACCUUCGUGCAGCAAAAACCAGAAUGGCACGCGCCGUGGAAGCUGAUGCGCGUCAUCUCUGGUCAUCUGGGCUGGGUGCGCGCCUUAACUGUCGAGCCCGAGAACAAAUGGUUUGCCUCUGGCGCCGGCGACCGUACGAUCAAAAUCUGGGAUCUCGCGACGGGGAGCCUGAAGCUCACAUUGACGGGUCACAUCUCCACCGUCCGCGGCCUGGCUGUCUCACCUCGGCAUCCGUAUUUGUUUUCUUGCGGGGAGGAUAAGAUGGUCAAGUGCUGGGAUCUGGAGACGAACAAGGUGAUCAGGCAUUACCAUGGGCAUUUGAGUGGCGUGUAUACGCUGGCGCUACACCCGACGCUGGAUGUGUUGGUCACGGGUGGUAGAGAUGGUGUGGCAAGGGUCUGGGAUAUGAGGACGAGGAGCAAUAUCCAUGUUUUGGCUGGGCAUAAGGGAACGGUUUCUGAUUUGAAGUGUCAAGAGGCAGAUCCACAGGUCAUCACUUCGUCUCUGGAUACGACUGUGCGGUUGUGGGAUUUGGCGGCGGGAAAGACGAUGGGCGUUUUGACGCACCACAAGAAGGGCGUGAGGGCGCUCGCUGUGCACCCGAAAGAGUUCACGUUCGCGAGUGGGAGCACGGGGAGCAUCAAGCAGUGGAAGUGUCCCGAGGGAGCCUUCAUGCAGAAUUUCGAGGGCCAGAACUCGAUCAUCAACACCAUGUCUGUCAACGAGGACAAUGUCCUGUUUUCAGGUGGCGACAACGGAUCAAUGAGUUUCUGGGACUGGAAAACAGGCCACAGGUUCCAAGCCCUGGACACCACAGCCCAACCCGGCUCUCUCGAUGCCGAAGCAGGACUCAUGAGCUCUACAUUCGACAAGACCGGCCUCCGUCUGAUCUGUGGAGAGGCUGAUAAGACCAUCAAAGUCUGGAAACAAGAUGACUCUGCAACGCCAGAGACCCACCCCCUGGAAUGGAAACCAACACUGGGCAGGCAAAAGUUUUAG